CACGUUAACUUGGAAAUCAGUCAUGGCCCCGGGAGGGAGAUGUGGUCCCGGGUCCCUCGCGGGAAGCUGCCGGCUGCGCGAGGGUUUAAUGGUGUCUGUUGUCUGAAUGCAGGGCCAAACUUGCUGCGUGGGUUUGGAGCUGAUGGAAGAAAGGGGUGAACUGGGGCUCAGAUCCUCUGGCUGCUAUGCUAGGAAAGGUUACUGCAGCCCACCUGCCUAAUUAAUGUUUUCCUGCAAACUAAUAAACCCAGUUUCUUCCUGAAGCUGAUUAAAAAUACAUCCUUUUAAAAAGCAGCCUCACUCUAAAGGUUCCAAGCAGAACGAGCUCAUUGCUUGCCUUGAGGAUGCCAACAGACAACAGCCGACUCCCAGGCAAUAUCCAAGAACAAGAUCUUGAUACCACUGCAAGCAAUAAUUGCCUACUAAAUACUGAAGAUUUGGGAGCUGAACAAGAAAAUGGCUUUUGUAGUGAUGACCAGGGUAAUAGUCUUUGUAUUCCCAACUCUGCUAAUCAGCCAUCCACUUCUAUGGCUGCUCCUUUGGAAGUGCCCAGAAGAGGACAACCCUUCUUACAUAUCAACAGGCAGCAGAUUCAGUCUGUUUCAGAUAGUGCUCAGGCUGCAGAGCUCAAAGGUUUAGGAGUUGAUGUCUAUGAUCAGGAUGUAUUGGAGCAAGGAGUCCUUCAGCAAGUAGAUCAUGCAAUUAAUGAAGCUAACAAAGCAACCAAAAUAGCUGAUGCAGAGAAAGAAUAUCAGUCAGUUCUGGAUGACUUAAGGUCAUGUACAAUAUCUCUGAAACAAAUAAAUAAAAUUAUUGAACAACUUUCACCUCAAGCUACCACAAACAAAGAUGUAAACAGAAAACUAGAUUCUGUAAAACGGCAAAAAUACAACAAGGAGCAACAGUUAAAGAAGAUCAAAGCAAAGCAGAAGCGACUCCAAGCAAUUCUUGGUGGAACAGGGAUUCUUGAUGAAAUUAAUGAUGUUGAAAUUGAGGAUGAUGAAGUACCUGGGCCAUCGUCAGAUCCACUGCAUCUUGGCAGCAUGCUUAUGCCAGUUCAGGAAACGGAGUGGGAAGAGCUUAUUCGUACUGGCCAGAUGACUCCUUUUGGAACUAAAAUACCUCAGAAGCCAAAGAGGAAGCCACGGCAGUUAAUGCUAAAUGAAACAUCUGAUUUUGAGAAGUAUUUAGCAGAUCAAGCUCAGCUGUCAUCUGAAAGGAAGAAGUUAUCACUUCUGAAAGGAGCAAAGAAGAAAGCACAAGCCAAAAAUGUUCAGCGCACAACUCCCACAUCCAUCGCAAAGGAGAAAAGGAGUAAAGUCAGAACUCUAUCAAAAACAGAUAAGCGCUUAAAAGAACACAUGAACAAACUUCAGAAGCGUGCCCUGCAGAUUCAGUCAAAGGCGGGGAUUCCAAAAGAAAAGAAAUACUUUGAUACCAAGGAGAAGCUGAGGCAUGAACAGCAUGAUGAUAGUGGAGGGUCUGAGCAUGUGCCUGAUGAGGAGCUCUUUGAUCCAGAAACAGCAGAAGAGGAGGGACAACUAGCAUCUUCUCAUGCUGAGAAUGAUUCUGAUUAUGAACUUAAGACUUCAUCAGGAAAAGGAAAGUAUUUGGUGAAGAGAGAUUUUAAAAAAGUUGAAGAUGAUGCUGACUUCUUUCCAAGCUCUGAGGAGGAAGAAGACCAUACAGUAGGGAAGCGCAAAGUAAAGAGAUGGAGAGAUGAUGGAGAUGAAGACUAUUAUAAACAGAGACUAAGGAGAUGGCAAAAAGAAGGUAAAGAACGUCACAUGACUGAGGAACUUUCCGAUGAAAGCGAUACUGAAUUUGAAGAGGGUUUCAAGGUACCAGGAUUUCUCUUCAAAAAGCUUUUUAAGUACCAGCAGACAGGUGUUAGGUGGCUCUGGGAAUUGCACUGCCAGCAGGCAGGAGGAAUUCUGGGAGAUGAGAUGGGAUUGGGCAAGACCAUCCAGAUAAUUGCCUUCUUGGCAGGUCUGAGCUACAGCAAGAUCAGGACUCGUGGUUCAAAUUACAGGUACCAGGGGUUAGGCCCAACAGUGAUUGUUUGUCCAGCCACUGUGAUGCAUCAGUGGGUAAAAGAAUUCCAUACUUGGUGGCCUCCGUUUAGAGUUGCCAUUCUGCAUGAAACUGGUUCUUACACCAACAAAAAGGUGAAACUAAUUCGUGAAAUUGCUUCAUGCCAUGGAAUUUUAAUUACGUCCUAUUCAUACAUUCGACUGAUGCAGGAUAACAUCCACAGCUAUGAUUGGCAUUAUGUGAUUUUGGAUGAGGGUCACAAAAUCCGAAAUCCAAAUGCUGCAGUCACACUUGCAUGCAAGCAGUUUCGCACACCCCAUCGAAUCAUCUUGUCUGGCUCCCCAAUGCAAAAUAACCUAAAGGAGCUCUGGUCCCUCUUUGACUUUGUAUUCCCAGGGAAACUGGGAACGCUGCCUGUGUUCAUGGAACAAUUUUCUGUUCCAAUAACCAUGGGAGGAUAUUCCAAUGCCUCUCCUGUACAGGUAAAAACCGCAUACAAAUGUGCAUGUGUGUUACGAGAUACCAUAAACCCCUACUUGCUGCGAAGAAUGAAGGCUGAUGUAAAAAUGAGCCUUUCACUUCCAGAUAAAAAUGAACAGGUCCUGUUUUGUCGUUUGACAGAUGAGCAACGUCAAGUCUAUCAAAAUUUCAUCGACUCUAAAGAAGUUUACCAGAUUCUCAAUGGAGACAUGCAGAUUUUCUCAGGACUGGUAGCCCUGAGAAAGAUUUGCAACCACCCUGAUCUCUUCUCUGGUGGUCCCAAGACUUCAAAGGGUGUGCCAGAUGCCGAAGUGGAAGAAACGGAUCAGUUUGGAUAUUGGAAACGUUCUGGAAAAAUGAUAGUGGUAGAGUCCUUGCUAAAAAUAUGGCAUAAGCAAGGUCAUAGAGUAUUGCUAUUUAGUCAGUCAAGACAGAUGUUGCAGAUCCUUGAAGUCUUUGUGAGAAAUAGAAACUAUUCCUACCUCAGGAUGGAUGGCACCACAACAAUAGUUUCCAGACAGCCCCUUAUAACAAGAUACAAUGAGGACAAGUCCAUAUUUAUCUUUCUUCUGACAACUCGUGUUGGUGGCAUUGGAAUUAAUUUGACAGGUGCUGACCGGGUUAUUAUUUAUGAUCCUGACUGGAAUCCCAGUACAGACACACAGGCUCGGGAACGUGCUUGGAGAAUAGGCCAAAAGAAACAGGUGACUGUGUACAGGCUUCUCACUGCAGGUACUAUUGAAGAGAAGAUAUACCACAGACAAAUCUUCAAGCAGUUUUUAACGAACAGAGUGCUGAAAGACCCUAAGCAAAGGCGCUUUUUCAAAUCCAAUGAUCUUUAUGAACUUUUUACUCUGAGCAGCCCGGAUGUGUCUCAGGGGACAGAAACUAGUGCAAUUUUUGCAGGUACUGGUUCAGAUGUUCAAGUCCCAAAACACCAAUUGAAACGGAAACUUGAAAAGCCACCUGAUAAUGAUACUUCCAGAGGUGGUCUCCAUCUAACAGAAGGCAGCUCACGAAAGUACAGCAAGCCAUCCAGUUCAACCAGGCACAUGGCAAAUUCUUCUGAAGCAAUAGAGUCAAGUGAAGAAAUGAAAGGAGAUUUGGAAACCUUUGACCAAAAUAGCUAUGCAAAAGAUAAUGCGCAAGCUACUACUAAUAUAAAUUCAUGGAGUAAAAGCAAGGAGGAGAGCUUGGAAAAAGCUGAGAAAUCUAUGUCCCAGUCAUUGUCAGAUAAUGUAGGGUCUUCGGAGAAUGCAGAAUGUCUGGGCACCAUGGUAACUGAUGAAGUACAUGGAGCAGCUAAUGUAAAUUUUGAGGAACGUUUUCAUCUUGCAUCUGGUACAGCUGUCUGUUGGGAAGAGCAGGAUGCUAAACCUGAAGAUGGCCGAUUAGAUAAAAAUCAUUAUAAAUGCACCUCAAAAACAAAGCACAGGGUGGAUAUGCUGCCACAUGAGAGCCACAAAGAUAAGUCUAAGAGGAGGAAACGUCACAAAGAUGCCAAAUUUGAAGGAGAGCGUAUUCCUCAUCUAGUAAAACAAAAGCAAUAUAGAAAGGAGGACAGUGAAGAGAAGGAGGAAGAGCUAAAGAAAAAUGAAGAUUAUGUCUUAGAGAAACUUUUCAAAAAAUCAGGGGUACACAGUGUUAUGAAGCAUGAUGCCAUUAUGGAAGCUGCUAGUGCAGAUUAUGUGCUGUUGGAAGCGGAAGCAAACAGAGUGGCCCAGGAUGCCUUAAGAGCCUUAAAAGUCUCUCGACAGCGAUGUUUAGGAGCUGCUUCUGGUGUGCCAACCUGGACAGGCACAAGUGGUCUUUCAGGUGCACCAUCAGGAAUAAAGAGUCGGUUUGGUCAGAAAAGAAACCCUAUGCUGCUUUCUCCACGUUCUGCUUGUGCAUCACCUGGAAGCAAGUGCAAGGAUACAGGUACAAUAAAGAAAGAAAAUGACAGGAGGAGUAAUUCUAAUGGGCACUUUGAUGGGAAAUCAGAGACUGGAGAAUCAUCAUCAAGUGCACUAGAUUCUUCAACUUUGUUAGCAAAGAUGAGGGCAAGAAACCACCUUAUUUUACCACAAAGAACAGGGAAUGAGGGAGAUGAGAACCUUCAGCAAGCCCCAGCUCCAGCCCCAGUUUCAACAGAAUACGAUGAAUUGCUAGUGGAUGUACGGAACUUCAUAGCAUUCCAGGCUCGUGUGGAUGGCGAGGCUAGCACUCAGGAAAUACUGCAGGAAUUUGAGGCCAAACUGCCGGCAGCACAGUCUUGUGUCUUCCGAGAACUUCUCCGCAAUCUCUGCACCUUCCAUAGGAACCCAAGUGGUGAAGGUGUCUGGAGACUGAAGCCAGAUUUCCGCUGACUUUGCUAAGGGAAGGGACCUACACGUGUACUCAGCCAACAUUCUGCUUUCAAAGACUUACUAUUUAUCUUUCAAAAUGAAUUAUUUCAUGGUCAUGAUUUAAUAAUUGACUUGAACAGUCUGUGGUACAGCACUCAUUGCAGGCUCAGGGCUGACUUCGUUUUACACUAUUUAUAUGAAAAUGCCGUCUACCUCACAAGGUGAAAACAAUACAAAGUAUCACCGCCUUUUCUUUAAAAGAAAAUAUAAAUGGAUGAUGAACACAUGUACUGACUUUUCAUUGCAAUAAGAGCCAUGGAUGUUUCCAUGGGUUGUAAGACUUACUUGAUUUCUGUGAAAUUCCAAGAACUUUUUCUUAAUUUGCUAUAUGGUACUUGAAUAGUCAUGGGGCAUACAACACAACCAAAAGAAACAUGAAUAAUAAGAAGAUAGAGGUGGUCUAUGUAAGAGAAAUUCACUUGUACUGACAUUACAAAAUCAUUGUAAGAAGAUUGCAUUGGUAGUGGGAAUUUGCUUUUGAUAUUGCUGCUUUCAUUUUUGCCAGAAGCUAGUAUAUGCAGUGUGACAUAUAUGACUAAUUUGCUUGGAAAUAAUUUUACUACCAUGGAAGUUUAAUAACAAAAAAUUGAGAGCCUGGCAGAGUAUUGAGAUGACUCUGAAGUUGGAUAAUUAUGGAAAAAUGACUGGAUGGUGGAAAACCCAUUUUAGCCAUAAUCAUUGAUUCAGUUAUAGUCCUGUACACCAUUGGCAGUUGCCCGAUACUUUUUUUACCAUUGAGCUAGCAAUAACUGUGAUGUUUGCACAUUGUGGACUGAUAGUGGGAUCCUGUGAAAUUUAUUUGUGGAUCUCAUUGUAACUGACAUGAAAACCUCUGCAUUCCCUGUUAGCACUUAAGUCUUUUACCUUGACAAAGACUGAGGUGUUAGUUUGUUAGAGGGGGGAUGAGUUCCCUAUACGUCACUGAACAUAAUCACUUCUGACAAGACAGGCAUAAUGGGAACACAUUCAGAAGUUACAAAUCAUAUGUAUUCUGUAAAUAGGAAAAAUCUCUAUCUCCCUACCAGUCAGACAAGUUGUAAAUUAAUACCCAUUUCCUUCCAAGGAAGAAAGCAUCCACUUAACUUAGCAAAAUUGACUACUCUUUUGGGUCUGUCUUCAAGGUGUUGAUGUGCUAGGUUAAAAAAAAAUGCAAAAAUAAAUAAAUAAAAAGAAUAGCUGAUGAGAACAAAAUGAUGUUCUUGCACAUAUUUGCAGCAACAAUGAGUUACUGUAUGGCUUAAACUAGUUAAACUAGUAACAGUUAAAUGUGGCUAAUGUCCUUCUCCUCCCUAAGCUACAGGGAAAAGCUGAGCUGCUACUUUUUUUUUCAAUAUUAAAGCUUCUUUUUUACUUCAAAUGAAAGUAUGAACAAAAUUUGAAAGAUGAGUGGUGAAGCAAGAAUGCAAACUGUGUUGCGUGCUAAAGAAAAGUGGUCUUUAAGAUUCUUCUAGGAGCUUUUCCUGUUGUUUUUACUCCUGCUAAAGAAUCCAUAGAGAUUUGCAGAAGGUGAUACAUCACUGGUUCAAUAACUGGUCACAGCAUUUGGCUUUUCUGACUGGAAUUGGAGAGGGCAGACCUCUCCAAGAGUGCUUCUCUUCCUUGCGGAGUUUGGAGAUGGGAUUUGUUGCACCUUUUUCUGACAUCUGUUUUUCUGAUCCAAUUUAUGUUUGUAAGGGCUUUCAGGAGAGAGAUGAAAUGAAAAACCUAGCUUUCAAUUACAAAAAUACUUAGAAAAUGGCAAAUCUGUUGAUAUGACUUAAAAUGGAUCAGUAGAAGAGUGUAAAAAAACCCAUUUUGCUGGUUUUCUCCAGAGCUGUAGGGAAUUUUAUUUGGUUUUGAGUUUUUUUUCCCCAAAAAAACAAUUCAGGAAUUCAGCUGUCAGCAAAGAUGUUCUUGUCGCCUUAGCUGUUGGUUCAUGUGUGUUCUUUUAUUUACUAUUUUCAGUCUUAAAGAUACAGUUCCUGUCCUAAGGAAAGUUUGUAACUUCUCACUAGUCUCUUGAUGUAAAUGGACUUGCAUGUGCUUCUAUAAAUCCUUGGCUUUUAUGGAGUUAUUAAAAUAACAAAACCAAAAA